CGCUUCGCUUCCCAGUUCCCACUUCCCACCCAUCGCCGCCUUUGUUUUCCCUCUCCCAAAGUUCAAAAACAAACUUCCCCAUCCGGCCGCCUCUGCUUCGUAGAGAUGAGUGGCGCGAAGGGCGACGGGCCGGCGAUCGGCAUUGACCUCGGGACGACCUACUCCUGCGCCGCCGUCUGGCGGCCGUCGCACAACCGCGUCGAGGUCAUCCCCAAUGACCAGGGCAAUCUCACCACCCCCUCCUGCGUCGCCUUCACCGACACCUUGCGGCUCAUCGGCGACGCGGCUAUGAACCAGGCCGCCACCAACCCCUUCAACACCGUCUUCGAUGCCAAGAGACUAAUUGGCCGGCGAUUCAGCGAUGCAUGUGUGCAAGGAGAUAUAAAACUAUUCCCAUUCAAAGUCAUUUCAGGGCCUGGUGACCGGCCAAUGAUUGUUGUGCAUUACAAGGGCGAGGUGAAGCAGUUCUCACCUGAGGAAAUCUCCUCCAUGAUUCUCAUCAAGAUGUGGGAGAGUGCCGAGGCCUAUCUUGGAACGGCAGUGAAAAAUGCUGUCAUCACUGUUCCAGUCUACUUCAACGACUCCCAACGCCAGGCCACCAUUGACGCGGGGGCCAUUGCUGGCCUCAACGUCAUGCGCAUCAUCAACGAGCCAUCUGCAGCAGCCAUCGCCUAUGGUCUUGACAAGGCAUCCCGCAGCGGUGAAGGGAAGACGGUGCUCAUCUUUGAUCUCGGCGGUGGUACCUUAGAUGUCUCCAUUAUCAGUAUUCACAAGGGCACCUUCACAGUCAAGGCCACAUCUGGUGACACCCACCUCGGUGGGCAGGAUCUCAACAGUCGGAUGGUGGAGUAUUUUGUGCAGGAUUUCCUUAAGAGGCACAAGAAUGAAUGCAUGAGUGACAUCAGAAACAACCCUAGGGCGCUUAUGCGGUUGAGGAUGGCAUGCGAGAGGGCUAAGAGGUUCUUGACUACCAUGCCGCAGGCAAAAUUUGAGAUUGACUCACUUCACGACACCAUUGACUUCUAUGGGACCAUCACCCGACCCCGUUUCGAGGAGCUCAACCUGGACCUCUUCCGCAAGUGCACUGGACAUGUUGAGAAGUGCCUCGCUGAUGCCAAGAUGGACAAGUCUCAGAUCCACGAUGUUGUACUUGUGGGUGGCUCCAGCCGCAUCCCCAAGGUGCAGCAGCUGCUCAAGGAAUUCUUCAACGGGAAGGAGCUUUGCAAGAGCAUCAACCCUGACGAGGCUGUAGCCUACGGUGCUGCUGUCCAGGCUGCGGUCCUCAAUGGCGAAUGCGACCAGAAGGUGCAGGACUUGCUCCUGCUGGACGUCACGCCGCUCUCCCUCGGGAUAGAAACUGUAGGUGGUUUUAUGAGCGUGGUGAUCCCCAGGACCACCACCAUCCCGUCCAAGAAGGAGCGGGGAUACACAACGGAAUAUGACAACCAGACAUCUGUGUGCGUCAAGGUAUAUGAGGGUGAAGCAACGAUGACCAAGGACAACAAUCUCCUUGGCAAGUUCACACUCCACGGGAUUCCCCCAGCGCCAAGACUCGUUCCUAAGAUCAAUGUGACAUUUGAGAUUGAAGCCAACUGCAUCCUGAAGGUGUCGGCGCAGGACGCUGCUACUGGAAACAAGAACAGCAUCAGCAUCACCACGGACAAGGGCGGACUGAGCAAGGAGGAGAUCGAGCGCAUGGUGCAGGAUGCUAAGAAGUACAAGAACGAGGACAAAAAGGAAAUUAUCAAAAUAAAGAAGGAAUACGAGGAGCGUGGUGUGCUGUGGCUGAGCAAGGAGGAGUUUGAGCGCUCGGUGCAGAAGAAACACACGCCGGAGUCCGAGGACAUCCAGCAAGCCAAGAAGGUAAAGAAGGAAAGCGGAGGCCCAUGAGGUGUGCAAUGUGCCUCUGCAAGCCUAUGGUGACCCCGCUGCUUUUGCUGCAAUGGUUGUAUAGUGAUACCAGUACUGCUCUGCAACUUAUGGAAUGGGCAUAUAACGCAUGCCAUUCUUUCUAGUAGUAGCUUAAUGUGUUUAAUGUGACUUGGGAACCCUGGUUUUAUUAAGUGAACUUAUAUAUCGUUUGAAUGUCUACCA